AUGGAUCGAGCGGCAUUCGUCUCGUCGCUCGAGUUUAUAUGGCCGUCGCUCGCUGUGGUCCAACCGACGUGCGGGGCCUGCCGAGACCUGCGCGGAGUCACACGACUGGCCAACGGCCGGCACUUGUCCACAGGAGCAGUUGGAGAGCACGGCGUCCGUAGACAGGGUGGAUCGGCGGAAGCACACUUCCUCGGCUGCAUCGACAAGGCCGAGCAUACAGACGCAAACCAGGCACAUCUGGACGUCUUGAACAGUCUGAUCACUUGUCCGUUCGCAUCACCGCAUCACCGCAUCACCGCAGCACCGCAACCCAUCGCCACCAACAUGGGCUCCGUCGACACAACGCCGGCCCUCCGGGUCCAGCCCUUGAAAAAAGGCACAUCAAUCGACCACCUCGACUAUGUCGACGUGUCCCCCAUCAUCGGCCGCGAGUACCCGACCGCGAGCCUCAAGCAGAUGAUUGACGCGCCCAAUGCCGACGAGCAGCUGCGCGACCUGGCCAUUACCAUCUGCGAGCGCGGCGUCGUCUUCUUCCGCGCGCCCCAGGACGACCUGUCCAUUGACGAGCAAAAGGACAUUACCGACCGGCUGGGCAAGCUGACGGGACGGCCCGCCGAGAAUGGCCUGCAUGUCCACCCGCUGUACAACGACCCCAACAACAUUCCCAUGGCCAACGGUCAGACGGACAAGAAUAUUUAUGUCAUCAACUCGGAAGCCCAGAAGAAGCUCUACGCCACCAUGAAGAACCGCCCGGCCGCCACCGAGCCCCGCGAUCUCGGCCGCGAGUGGCACAGCGACAGUCUCUUUGAGAACUGCCCGUCCGACUUUUCCUUCUUGCGCAUGCAGUCCACGCCGCCCGCCGGCGGCGACACGCUGUGGGUCUCGGGCUACGAGCUGUACGACCGGCUGUCGCCGCCGUUCCGCGCCCUGUUUGAGAGCCUGACGGCCACCUGCGCCCAGCCCGUGUUCCAGUCCGCCUGCGAGGCCGGCGGCUACGACGUCAUGAGCCCGCGCGGCGCCCCGCAGAACGUCGACUACGAAUUCGCGCCCGUCCACCCCGUCGUGCGCACGCACCCGGUGACCGGCUGGAAGUCGCUCUUUGCCGGCGUCGGCCUGCACGUCUCGCGCAUCAACGACGUGUCCACGUACGAGGACCAGCUGUUGCGCGACUACACCCUGCGGCUCAUCACGCGCAACCACGACUGCGUCGCCCGCAUGCACUGGACCCGCGGCGCCUGCGCCAUCUGGAGCAACGAGUGCACCUUGCACGCGGCGACGCCCGACACCCACCUCGUCGAAGGCGUGCGGACCGGCGUGCGCGCGUCUGGCAUUGGCGGCGUGCCGUACCUGGACCCGGCCAGCACGGGCCGCCGUGCGGCUCUGGGGCUGCCGUCGUUUUAG